CAGGCAACACCGGUAAAAAUGAAACUACCCUAAAAUCAUUAAAGACUCUCACGGAGACUGCCGAAUACGAUUCUGAGUGUACAGAGGAACAAGAGGAUGAUGGUUGUUGUGGUAAUCGUGCACGUACGGGCAAAAACUUAUGUAAGGUGGAGGAGGUAAAACAGCAUUGAAAAACAUUCAUAAUAUCUACAAAUUAUUGUCAAACAUUUUAUUUGAGACCCACAAUCAACGUUGUGUUUGCGACGAGUAUUAUUUUGUAACAUAUAAUUUACUUUAUAGUUGAUUCAAGUAACAACGAAUAUUGGAAAAAUGUUGAAAUCAAUCCGAAAAGAUAUGAUAGCAGAACAAAUAAAAACAAAGAAGGCUCCUCAUGUAGAACCUUUAGUGGAUCUAAGUACGGUACGAAAUAAUGAGAAUGUCGAAUUAGUACGCGGAAUAGUUUUCAAACAAUCGGUAUUGAUAAAAGCUUGCGGAGCUGUUAAUUUGCGCCGAAGAUUGAACUAUUUGAUAGACAAUUAUUGGACGGCAGAAGAACAGAAAAAAUUGGUACUGUCGAAUAAUAAGAUGACUAAACGAAAAGGACAAAUAAAAAUUCCUGAGAAAAUAAUUAAGGGACUCAUUGAUGUAUGCUUUACCCUUCAACAAACGAAGGAAAUUCCGACUGAUGGUUUUACAAGCCAUGAAGAUGGAAGGAAGUUCCUAGCUGCUAAAUUGAAGGGCAAUCGACAUAACCAAAAAAGGAAAGGGAAUAACCAUUUGAAAAACCAACAGCAAUGUGAAGAGCCAAACGUGGCUGAAGAGAAUUUUGCAUCAGAUGACGAUUCAGCUAGCGAAUAACCAAAAUGGACCAAAAUGGCAAAUUUAAAAUUUAUU